AUGAUAAAUAAUUUAUAAAUUGCACCACUAACUGCUCUUCACAAAUUACUAUCAGUUAAUAAGACAAUAAAAUUUAAUGAUAAACUUCAUGAAUCAUAGAAAUAAAAGAGUCUUUAAAAAUCUAUUUAAAAUUUAAGUAGCAGUUAAUGCGAGAUGAUGAAUGUUAAAAUGAAAAACAAAUUGCCUACUCCUAAAAAUACAAUUGAUUCAUCUUUAAGACAAAGUCUUGGCAAAAUUAGUAACAAUAAUGAUAGUGGAAUCAAAACUAAUAAAAAUAUCAAAAAUGAGCUUAUCUCAGUCCUCAGAAAAGCAUAGAGUUAAUCUAAAAAAACAAAUAAUUUAGAAAAAUUAUUAAGCACAUCUAGUGCUCCUAAAUAAUUUAGUAACUUAGAGAGUUUUAAAAUGAAAAGACCUCCUUUGCUCUAAUAUUUAGGUGAAGAAAAUGAGAAAUUAAAAAUUCAAAGUGCAAAAAGUGCUACCGAAAAAAAUAAAAGUCCUGAAAAUCGAUAUUCAUCUGGAUUCUUUACCAGCACUAACCAAAGGUAAUAACUAUUUGGGUCUUUGAAUGAAGUAUUGAAAUAAUAUAUCCAAUGCAAAAGCUAACAGAAGCUGGAACUGGAGAAGGCAUCAAAGUUUGUAAAUCUGCACGAAGUACGCAAUAAUCAGGAGAAAUACUUCCCUAAGCAAAAGUCUGAUUAUUCCAAAGGAAAAUCAAAAGUACUUAACGAAAAUUUACACAAUUUAUUUUUAAAGACUCAGAAUGUGUUAGCCAAAUACUAAGCUAAGGAACUUCAAUGGAAAAAAUAAAAAAAAUAAUUAAGAGAUGAAAUUAGAAAUCUCAAACAAUUAUUGAAAUAACAGCAAUUAUAAAAUUAAAUAUAUCACUGA